AUGGACUCUCUUAUAAUCAAAAUGGCGGUUAAGUGGAAUUUUCGCUGUGCAUGCUGGGGGUUCAUCUCGUCGCUUCUAGCUUCGGUCCUUCUCACCUAUUGCUUGCCUGACUGACUCCUAUGAAUCCAUUUCAUUGCAUCAGGCGCUGCAGCAGUGCUGAUUGGCAUCUCAUCUCUGAUUGCCUUCCACAUCUCGACUCUACGAUGCUCUGAGAGCCACACACUCAUAACCCUACUCAUGUCCUACAAGUGGCACCAGGGUGAACGUCUAGCCACGCCCUCCAUCUCAGCAAGGGCCACUUACAUGUGGAAACGUCCGCGUGAAGCACAGGAAGAUCUGAUAAGGGAGCUGACCAGGCGACAUGCCAAGACGGAGUACGGGCGCAAGAACCGUCUUGGGGAGAUCCGAUCGGUGGAAGACCUCCGCGAGAAGCAUCCUCUCACCACGUACGACCACUAUAGUGACUACAUCCAGCGGCUGGCAGACGGAGAAGAAGGCGUUUUCCUUGACGAGGAGCCCUUGCGAUUCGGCGUCACAUCGGGAACCACCGGAGCCGGGAAGAAAAUACCACUGGUUUCUUUUAGGCUGGAGGGAGAUGCACUCUGCAGCCAGAUCAGGCGCUUGGCUUUGUACCAGGGUGCUCACCGGCCAAGCCCUGUACAGAAACGCUGUUUCGUCUACAUCCAUCCCAAAAUCUCUCUCACCAAAACUGGCCGUGUCAUUUCUCCGUACACGUUCAUCAAACAGGAGGACACUAAGCGUUUAUCAGAGCUCAGCUCUCCUCCACCGGCCUUCACUAUCACAAAUGAGCCUUCUGCCGCCUACGUUCACAUGCUGUUCGCAAUUGCUGACACCAAUCUCGCCCUCCUGUCUACCGUGCUUACUCCCCAAAUGUACCGAGCUCUGAAGUGUCUAGAGGCCAAAUGGCAAGUAAUGCUGGAGGAUCUAUCGACCGGGCAGAUCAAUGCUAAGAUCCCUCUAGACCCUGAUACACGCCGGUCUCUCCAAGGCUAUCUGAGACCGAACAAGGCCCGCGUAUCCCAGUUGAGAAGCGAAUUUGAGAAAGGGUUUCAUGGCAUUUUGAAGAGAAUCUGGCCUCAUCUGAUCGCCAUUGAAGCAAUCGACAUCGCGGGUUUCAAGAAGAAAAUUGAAGAAACAUAUACUGAUGGAGUUCCAUACUUCAAUUGGGCAUAUGGCGGCACAGAGGUAGGCCAGCUGGCGAUCAACAUGUGGCUUCAUGACAAAGAGGUUCGAUACGCCAUCUGUCCUCAUAUGGCCGUCGUAGAGUUCAUCCCGGAGCAAAACAGUUCGGAUGAAGACCCAAAGACUCUGCUCAUUGACGAGGUUGAGGUCGGUGGCAGAUAUGAACUGGUGUUGACCACGCGCUCCGGGCUAUACCGUUAUCGGAAUGGAGAUGUCAUCCAGAUUGUGGGAUUCCACGAGAACUGCCCUGCCAUGCGCAUGCUCUACAGGUCAGGAGAAUAUCUUAAUUUAGUCUACGAGAAAGUGAACACCCAAGUUGUUGACGCUGCCAUAAAGAACACCAUUCAAGGCUGGCCAGGAAUUCAACUAGUGGAUUGGACAUGCGCAGAGAGCCCAGUUUACGAUCCUGAAAGUUCAGAACUAUACUACAUUGUAUUUCUUGAGGUCGAUCCUGGCAAGAGGGAGCUGAAUGACGUCACGGCAGAGCAAAUGUCAAAGUUUGAUGAACAUCUUCAGCAAGACCACGUCUACUACAGCGGCUUGCGGGAGUCUAAUACCAUCUCUCCAUCCCGGGUGAAAUUUGUGAGGCCAGGUACCUUUCUGGAGCUAAGGGACUUCAGGGUGAACAAAACUACAGCUUCUGUCAUGCAGUACAAGACGCCUCGUAAAUUGAGGACGCGAGAGCACGUGAUUUGGCUGAUGGAGAGAGUGAUCGAGACCAAGUAGGGAGACUAUUGCAAAAAGUCAAAAAGCUAGUUAUCA